CGUGCGGCGGUGGUGCGGUACGAGUAGCGAAUAGAGCGCGAGUGGUGGUGAGACUGGUGAGUGGUAGCGGGCCACGAGAGUAUCGCGGCGCGUCGUGACGUCGACCACUCGUCGUCUCUCGUGGGACUCGAUUCGAAUCGCGAACGCGAACGCUCGUCGUCAGUGAGAUCGGAUCGGUUCGGUUCGGUAAUUCGGACGGCCGAACGCGUGGACGAUGGCGACCACGAGGUUACGCGUUACCAGCACGCGCGACGAGAAAACGGCCAACACCGAGGAGACGACGCCGACGAUGCCGUCGUCGGUGCAGCUUAACGGUUUAACCUCCUCUUGCAACGGCGAAAACGCCGGCAAGAUGAAUGGUUACACACUGGCGAGCAACGGCCACGCUCACUUUCUCCACAGCCCAAAAAAAGCGGAAUUACAAAAACUGCCACGAAGAUCAAAGGAGUCCUUUGAAACUGUUCCGUUCAUUACAGCGGCGCUCACGCAUCUUGGUUUUUACAUUCUCAUGUUCCUCGGGUUUAUUAGCCAGUUGUUCUUUAUUCCAAAAGUUGCUACUGAAAAGAAUAGAAAGGGGUACCUACCACUCUACAAAAGUUUUGAGAAAUUCUAUCUUAGGUACGUCUACAGGAGAGUCAGAGAUUGUUGGAACAGACCUAUAUGCUCCGUUCCCGGUGCAACAGUCACGCUGAAGGAUCGAGUUACUAACGAUUAUGGAUGGACGUUCCAAUUUACUGGAACGGAAACGGAAUGUAUAAACUUGGGCUCUUACAAUUAUUUAGGGUUUGCUGAGGCAACUGGUAAGUGCGCCCACGAGAGUAUCGAAAUGCUCAGGAAGUUCGGCUGUGCUACUUGCAGUACGCGCGUUGAAUUAGGGACGAUGCCGAUACACGAAGAAUUGGAAAAAUUGACUGCAAAGUUUUUGGGAGUAGAGGACGCAAUAGUAUUCGGAAUGGGAUUUGCGACGAAUUCCUUAAACCUACCGUCCUUGGUCAGUCAAGGUUGUCUGGUUCUCAGUGAUGAGAAAAAUCAUGCCUCGCUCAUUCUCGGAUUACGAUUAUCUGGCGCAGUGAUCCGGGUCUUCAGUCAUAAUAGUGUGAAACACUUGGAGGAAUGUUUGAAAAAGGCCAUUGUUUUUGGGCAGCCGAAGACUGGCGAACCUUGGAGGAAGAUAGUUAUCGUUGUCGAGGGUAUUUACUCUAUGGAAGGCUCGAUUGUUCAUCUACCUGAGAUGAUAGAAUUGAAAAAGAAAUACAAAGCUUAUCUUUACGUGGAUGAAGCGCACAGCAUAGGUGCCAUGGGGACAAACGGGAGAGGAGUUUGCGACUAUUACGGCAUUGAUCCGCACGAGAUCGAUGUACUCAUGGGAACGUUCACGAAAAGCUUUGGCUCGGCAGGUGGAUACAUAGCUGGAACGAAGACGUUGAUUAAUCAUAUAAGGAUAUACGGUCACGCACAUACGUACGCGUUAUCGAUGUCGCCGCCAGUUACGCAGCAAAUUAUCACGGCGAUGCGAACCAUCAUGGGCGAAGACGGCACCGACGUCGGCAAAAAACGUAUUGAGCAGUUAGCUAGAAACACGAGAUACUUUAGACGCAGAUUGAAUCAAAUCGGAGUUAUAAUCUACGGUAACGAAGAUUCGCCUGUUGUGCCUAUGCUGGUGUACCUAUUCUCUAAGAUCGGUGCAGUGAUCCGUACCCUGACAAAACGCAAGAUCGCAACUGUCGGCGUUGGAUUUCCAGCGACGCCGUUAAUGGAAGGAAGAAUUCGGUUUUGCCUUUCCGCUGCGCAUACGAAGGAACAGCUGGACUAUGUACUAUCACAUAUCGAGGACAUUGCUGAUACGUUAGGAUUAAGGUAUUCUAGAAAACCGCGUGAUCCUGCAAAAAUAGAAUAUUAUUCUGACAGCGAAACGGAAUAAUCUACCUCAUAAAAUAUAUUGAUGAAUGACUAGGCAGUGUUUUUUCUAUAAGGAAUGCCGAAAUAGCCAAGAGCUUUAAAUGCCACAAAAUAUAUGUAGAUACAAUACGAUUCGUAGAUUACGAGAGAGAGCUACACAUUACUGUUAUUGCAACAAUAGGCUCGUGCUUUUCUAACCAGGACCACGGACAAGGAUACACGGGUGUAUCGGUGCUCGUGUAGUACAUCCGUGGUACAAUUGUGAUGAUCCGUUAUGGUUUUAGCGGCUGGACAAACCGGUAAAAUCGAUAUCAAAUCGGUCUAUAUCAACAAAUUAUAUUGUACAUACUGCUAAUUUUGUCAUUUGACAGUUUUUUAAAAUAAGCAGAAAAAAGUUCAAUUCUAAAAUCGUGUUAAAUCAGAUAUGUACAUUAGGGAUUACGGAUAUCGCGAAUAGCAGCUUGUCGUUUUUGCUACCUUGGCUGCCUCUGCAAACGUUGUAUAGGUCACAUCGUAUGUAGAAUCGCUUGUUGGCCUCGCUCAAGUUAAUGUUACUUCAUUUUAUUUACGCCAUGCUCUGUGUAAAGAUGGUUGACAGGCAGGAAUAUAUAUCUACCAAAGCAAAGCCCGAAUCUGGUGUACGGCGUAAUCCCGUUUCAUGAAUAUUCACAAAAUAUUGAUAUCUCAUUAUAUUGUGAAAAGGAAUAUUUUUCUACGGGAAACCAGUUUUUUACGUGUUAUUCGUUACAUUCCUCGCAAUUUAAUGCACACAUCGGUUUCGAUUCACAAUAAUUGCUUUGGUCUCGAAAGAAGCUUUUACGAGCAACUGUAAUUUUUUAUAUUUGCAAUUGAUGUGUAAUAUUUUCUUUAUGUAAAAUUGUAAGGGCAUUAGUUGAUGAUAAGCAGACAAGUUUCUAAGAAUUGUUCAUUCGUACGAAAUGCAGCAUUCCGGAAAGUUGUUAGACAGGUAUUUUUUAGGUAUCAUAUUUAAAUAAAUCGCACAUUAUUUUUAUGUUUAAGGUUUACAUGCUUGACGUUUGAAACAGCUUCUUAAAAUCUUGGUACUUGUAAGAAACGUAUAUUUUCUUUGGUGCACAAACUUGAAACGUGUGAGACAAUACGUAAGCUAACACGUAACACGACGCUUAGUAAAAUAGAAUAAUAGAGAGCAUCUCAAAUUGUCGCAGCAAACAUUCGACAAUAGUUGAACCUCACUUUCAUUUUAUUAAAGCGUACUGCCACACCAAUUAUGAUCUCCUACUACUGUAUUUAUGAAGGCACAUAUAUGACUGAUCAAACAAUAUUACAAUAUCGUAAAAUAUCCUUAAGAAUCGUACCGUAUUGUGUUUGUAACAGAAAGGUAUUGAGACAUCAAAACCAACAAAUACUUGGGUCAUACAAAGCUUGAAGCUUGAACUGUUCGAAUUGUUCAAUCGUCGGAAUUGUCUUGGAAAUAUUCCAAAAGCUACUUAUUAUCAUAUCAUACCAACGUCAAUGCCAACAAAUCGAAAACAAAACGGAUAUCCUAAAAUUUUAUGUAAUAUUUUCCACCUAUGCAGAACUACGGUGAUUAUUUUCAUUUGUAUCUCUCCAUGAGUAAAAUCGAAACCAAGUUUCGAUAUCGCAGCACUAAUUAAACAUGCAAAUUGGCCUGUCUGGAAAUAUCGAACUAAUGCAUUAAUGCAGUAAAUGUUGGCAUUAAUCUAAGUGCUUAUGCAUCGGAUACAUGAAUAUUCGCAUGCGAAUUUCUGAAGAAAGAUUUAUAAGAAGAAUAUUGUAUUAUCGCUUGUAUUACGAGUCUAUCAGCUUUUAAUAAUACUUGAAUAUAUUGUAAGUUUCAGAGAGAUGCUAUUUCCUAUUUGCAAGUGCAGAAUAGAUACAGAACAGAAUACAGAAAUAGAUGCUUAUAAGUAGCGUUUGUUCAAUAUUUAUAUAAAAUUUUCCAUAUUUAUAUAGCUAUACUGCAGCAUGGAACGUGAUCUUGAUCUCUUUACAUAUUUAGUAGAUUAAAGAUUGAAAAUCGCCUAACGUGAUAACUUUUAACAUAUUUAGUAGCACGAGAGAAUUAAAAAAAAAUAGAGGAAAGGUUCAUCCUUUUAAUCCAGGAAGGCCAGUCACAUCGACAGAAAUCAGUAUUGCUCUAAAAAUAGCAUUUUCCGAUGCGGCUGCAAAAUAAGGGGCCAGAAGUUUUAAACAGUGCACAUGUUUUAAAAGACUUGAGUGUAUAUUGCGCAUCGGAUAUAUCAUUUUCACUCUUCAAUUGGAUAAUUUAAGAUUUCGUGUCAACGUAUUCUGUAUCGAACUUUUCGCCGAAUGAGGCUGCCUUAGUGGCAUAAAGUACGUUGUACGUUUUUCCGUGUAUUGCGUUUUCUUACACUUUCCGCAACUGUAUCACGAAGCGCAGCUGUUCCAAAGCCGCGCUUUCGAGAAGUAUCGACUGUAAUCGUCUAUUUUUGUCGGAUUAUCUGCAAUCUUCGCUUUACUUUGUAUAUGUAGAUGUGUACGUACGUGAGAGUGUAAGGAAUAUCACGUGUACGUACAGAUCAGUCGCCAUGAGCCGAGUCUACCUUCUCGAAGUUGAGGUACAAUACAUUAGCACUGCAUAGCAAAGAAAAUAUCGUCUUGCGACGUGAGAAUCUAUUUGAUAUUAGCAAAUCGAAAAGAGAAAAGAGCUUAUAAACUAAGCUUAAUGUCAGAGCGUUUGCUGAAUGACGAGUAAGACAUAUCUACUUAAGAACUGUAUCAAGUUGCCCGGUCUUGAAUAUUCCUCGGUUUCAAAGCACAUACGUUCCUAACGAAGGCUAUUUUUGUAAUUAGCAACAUGCGCGCACGCCCGCGCUAAUGCUUUUAAAUAUAUAUUAAUUAUGCAAAAUAUAUUAUUAUUACAGA